AUGGCAACCGGGGUGGAUGCCAAGCUCCUCAAGAGCACCAAAUUCCCUCCAGAGUUCAGCCAGAAGGUUGACAUGACCAAGGUCAACCUGCAGGUCGUGAAGAAAUGGAUAGCGGGCAAGAUUUCGGAGAUUUUGGGCAGUGAGGAUGAUGUGGUCAUUGAGCUCUGCUUCAAUCUCAUCGAGGGGUCUCGAUACCCCGACAUCAAGUCUCUUCAGAUCCAGCUGACCGGAUUUCUCGAUAAAGACACGGCGCCUUUCUGCAAGGAACUAUCGAGGCCGACAAAGCUGCCGAAGAAGCCCGCAAGAGACGAGAGGAGCUUGAAGCCCGCCGUGGCCGAGGGGGUGGUCGCGUCGACAGCUACCGUGGUGGCCGAGGCGACAGAGACACAUACCGUGGUGGCGGGCGAGGCUUCGGGCGUGGUCGUAGUCCCUCAAGGUCACCGCCGCCGUCCCGGCGAGGAGCCCGCGAUAAUUACCGCGGACCCACCCGUGGGCGCGAUUCAUACGUGCCUGGCGAUCGACGCCCUCCACGGCGACGGUCCUCCUCGAAGGACUCUCCACCGCCUCGUUCCCGGUCCCGCUCAUCCAGCCCGUCCGGCAGUCGACGCCCGAGAAGACGCAACUCCUCUUCGCCAGACCGCGAUAUACGCAAGAGGUCGCGGUCUCCGUUGCCCCGAGAGAACAACUACCGCCCUCGCAGACGGUCGCCUUCCUCUGACAGGAACUCACCUGCGCCCAAGCGCCGGCGUUACUCUUCGUCUCGAAGUCGCUCACCUAUUAGGCGGAGGCGUGGCAGAUCACUCUCGUCGUCUGGCUCGGACAGGCGGUCUCUGUCACGUUCACGAAGCCCAGCACGCAGGAGACGUCACAGAGACAGUCGGAGCCGGAGCGGUUCCCCUGGCGGUGCUCGUCGAGUCCGGGGUCGAGGAAGACGCGAGCUAA